GCGGGGCGACUCUCCCGGGCCCGCAGCCUUGGCUCGCCAGGGGCCUGCAGGAAACGCCAGCCUCGGUGGGCCUCGAGCGGCCUUCCUCCCUUUGACCCAGCAUUCUAGGUCACAUCCGACACUUUGUAACAAUGCCUGAGAUAAAUACCAACCACCUUGAUAAGCAGCAAGUCCAACUCUUGGCGGAGAUGUGUAUCCUUAUUGAUGAAAAUGACAAUAAAAUUGGAGCUGAGACCAAGAAGAAUUGUCACCUGAAUGAAAACAUUGAGAAAGGAUUAUUGCAUCGGGCUUUUAGCGUCUUCUUAUUCAACACUGAAAAUAAGCUCCUGCUACAGCAGAGGUCAGAUGCAAAGAUUACCUUUCCAGAUUGUUUCACCAACACUUGUUGCAGUCACCCGUUGAGUAACCCAGGGGAGCUUGAGGAGAACGACGCCCUGGGAGUGCGGCGAGCAGCGCAGCGGCGUCUGCACGCGGAGCUGGGCAUCCCCCUGGACGAGGUUCCUCCAGAAGAAAUAAAUUAUUUGACACGCAUUCACUACAAGGCCCAGUCUGAUGGUGUCUGGGGUGAACAUGAAAUUGACUACAUCCUGUUUGUGAGGAAGAACGUGACGUUGAACCCGGACCCCAAUGAGGUGAAAAGCUACUGCUAUGUGUCAAAGGAAGAACUAGAACAACUUUUGAGAAAAGCAGCCAGUGGUGAAAUUAAGAUAACACCAUGGUUUAAAAUUAUUGUAGAGACUUUUCUCUUUAAGUGGUGGGAUAACUUAAAUCAUCUGAGUCAGUUUGUUGACCAUGAGAAAAUACAUAGAAUGUGAAUGUGGUGAUGAAUGAUUACUGCAGAAUUUCUCUACUUAGUAAACUUAGAAUGACUUUUUUAAAAAAUUCGGUUCCCUGUCAGGAGAACUCUCACACGAUACGUUGACAAUUUACAACUUGUGUAGAAAACACAACUAAUAAUUUUGUGUCAUAUGCCCCGAUAUGUGCUCUGUUGUAAAAGGCAGUUGUGAGAGAUUAUUGUAAAAUGAAGGAGAACAAAUAAAACUUAAUUUAACCCUCCAGACGUGAUUAUAACAAAUUUGCACAACUUAGUGGCAUUUUUGGAACACUGCAGAGCACGGUGCUGUUUGCCAGGUGCUUUGUGUUAGCAUUAAAUCUCACCGUACUUCAGAAAAUGUGCAAAGGAAGCCACUUGGUCCAUGUGAACAGAUUAAACUGGCAGAGCAGGCGCAAGGGAAAUUAAAUGAUAUAGAUCCUAAGUUUAUCAUUCUAAGUUGAUUUUGUGAUUUCUUCAUUCUCAAAGUAUCACUUAAUACUUAAAAAUCAACCACUGCUUUUGGCGAUGAUAUAUUGGUUAGGUGAGAUCUUCUUUUAAGUAGUAUUUGCCCGGCCGGGCACGGUGGCUCACGCCUGUAAUCCCAGC